AUGGGCCACGGCUUUAGCGAGCCGUGCGUCGCGUGCGUCUGCCAGGGCGUGCUGCGUGCGCUCGACUAUAUGCACGUCGAGCGCAAGGCCAUUCACCGCGACAUCAAGUCGGCCAACGUGCUGCUGACGUCCAGCGGCACCGUCAAGCUCGCCGACCUUGGAGUGGUGGCGCAGGUCAUUAGUUAG